GCUGACUGAUUUGUCUGCCAUUUCAUAUCGGAGGGCGCUGAGAGUGAAAAUGUUUCGCUUAUUUUUUGUGUUGGCUCUUGCCUUUUUGUUGAGUUCCUUCGUAAAAUCACAGAACAAAUCAGCUAACCAGAGUCAUGGAACAGCGAAAAAAUCAAACUGCUGUGCUUCCCGAGCUGGAUACUGCAAAGAUGGAAAAGACGGAAAAGAUGGACAAAACGGAAAAGAUGGACGCGAUGGAGUAAACGGACGAGAUGGACGCGAUGGGCCUGUUGGACCAAAGGGAGAGAAAGGUGAAUCAGGCGUGUGUAGUGUGAAGGAAAAAGCUGGUGUCCAGGGCGAGAAAGGAUCUGCUGGACAAAAAGGAUCAAAGGGAGAAAAAGGACAGAAAGGAAUGCUGGGAACAUGUGAUCACCAGAGCUCCUCGUCUUCCUCCACGAAAAGAGAAUGCUGUAAAGUUGAAUGUUCCACUGGUUUCCAUUUCUUCGAAAAAGUUCAAGACUUGCCUACCAGAGGAGCUGCAGCUGUUCAACACUUUACCAUCAACGGAAGUCUGUUCCUCGCCUUUGGGAACUAUUAUGGAGAUAUUCACUACUACAAGACAAGCUCCAUGAUUUAUAAGAUGGAUGAAACGACUGGAAAAUUUACGUUCUACCAGACCCUGCAAACUAGAGGUGCACUAGGAGUUGAGUACUUUUCUAUAGCUGAUAAACGUUUCCUGGCUGUGGCUAAUAAUCAUGAUGGUACAUACCAACUUGACUCUGUGAUCUUCCAGUGAAAUGGACAGCGGUUUUCGGUAUU